GUGAGCCGUGGUCUGUACCGGUCUGUACAAUUCAGUGAUCAUCUGAUGGAGAGAUAUGUUAAUUACCGUAGCUAGUGGUAGCUACGUAGCUACAUUCCUGAUUACAGCGUCCUGUUCGGUCCUGGUAGUGUGGCGUUUGUUGUAGAAACGAGUUACCGUCAUGUUGGUCGAAUUUGUCGUUGGAUAGGCUGUUGUAAGACUGUAUUCUAUAAAUCAUUUGCAACGGCUGAGUAAAGCAUAGUAUUAGAAUUUCUAUUAGAUGUGCGCGUAAGAAGACUUCAAAAGGUAAUAAAAUAACCCCGAAGACAAUACUUUUGUGGUGAAGGGUCUCGUUGAACCCACCGAAGUUUGAGCAUGAAAUAUGUCCCUUGGAAGGCAAUGUUCAUGGCUUUUGCGAUGGAGCUGGCAGCCUUACAUGUCAGCAGUGACACGCAGUUGUGUGGGACACUAUGCAACCAGGCCUCAGAGGGGCUUUUCUUCAAGUGAGAAGUUGGUUGAUGUGGCAGUCAAUGAAGAAACAGGCAUUUCAACAGUGACAUUGCAGCGGCUACCAGUGAACAGCCUCAACCUGGAGUUGCUGCAAGAGCUGUGUACAAUAUUCGAUGCCCUAGAAAAGGACAGAAGCCGAGGGAUGAUUCUUACAUCAGCUUCUUCAACAGUAUUCAGUGCAGGUCUGGAUAUUCUAGAGAUGUACAAACCAAAGCCAGACAGAGUGACAGCCUUCUGGACGACUCUGCAAGACACGUGGCUCAAGUUGUUUGGGUCUUCAUAUCCGACUGUUGCUGCCAUUAAUGGUCACAGCCCUGCAGGUGGAUGCUUGCUAGCUCUCAGCUGCGAGUACCGGGUAAUGGUGGGCCCAAAAUAUACAAUCGGCCUUAAUGAGACCCAGCUGGGGAUUGUGGCCCCAAAAUGGUUUCAGUAUUCAAUGAGGAAUGUAAUUUCCAGUCGGCAGACUGAACUAGCACUUUCAACGGGCCAACUGUUCACAACCGAUGAAGCCUUAAAAAUUGGAUUAAUAGAUGAAAUAGCAACAGAUAAAGCUGAUGCCAUAGCUAAGGCUGAGAAGUUUUUGCUUAGAAUGUCAAAAAUAUCCACAACAGCACGUAAGUUGGCAAAGUUGUCCUGUAGACAGGAGCCCCUGGAAUGGCUUGUUGCCAACAGACAGAAGGACUUGCAAGAAUUCAUGGGGUUUGUGACCCUUCCUGCAGUACAGAAGGGGCUUGAUCUGUACCUGGAGUCACUCAAGAAGAAAAAAUAAAUAACCUCUGCUCUCUCUUUAUUUUCUAACAGAUGUCAAACACUAAGUGAUAUUAUGUAUACGUACUGUCCGAUAUAAGGGACAGAAUUUUAUAUACUUGUAUGUUGUGUGAUGGGUAAUAUGCUGGAUUAGAGCAGUUGGAGGGGCGUGGAUACGCAUGCUUUCAUUUUGUGGAGAAAUGUCUCACAAAUAUUCUUACCUGCCAAGGUAGAAUUUUUGUGCGACUGAUGAACUGAGUCGAUGUUUGUUGGCUCCUGAUAAUGUGGUCAUGUCAGACAAUCAUUGCAUCGAUACAGAAGUGGCGAUGUAGAGAGAAAAUUUCCUGAAAUCUCCCACUUUAUUUUGUAUUGAUGCUACUCACUGCUUGCUUACCAUUUCAAAGCGGAGAGGUCGUAAUGUCAGUUGGAAUUAUAGCAUUUCAGAUCUAAAAGGAAGUGUUAAUUGACAGAUAUCAUCUUCCGAAUUGCAAUGCCGUGCAGUUUGGUAGAAGUCUAAAGGCAUUUUGGAGGAACUUUCCACUUCCGUCUCGAGGGUUGAAGAGCAAAUUAAGAAAGAAACAGUCAGUAAGCAGGUUGCAAGUUGCUGGUUUCUUGCUUGGCUUCCUCUUCGAUCCUGAAGAUGGGAUCAAUAUAUUCCUCUGAAACAUCAGUGGAUUUUCAUCAAAUUACAUAGUGUUAACAACCCACAUGUUAGCUCAGUUGCUCAAAUUGCUCUUGGCACAGUGCGCAUGUGUAGAAUGAUGGAAGUAGUGGAGGUCAUGUGUCUUUGUCUGAAUGAUUCAGCUGAAAACUGCUGCAUGGAUCUUGAUGAAAUUUAAUAUGAAUGUUAGGCCACUGAAUGCUACCCAAGCCUUGGAUUUUUUAAUUCUGUAAAAUCUGUUACAACAUCAUGGCAGACGCAUGACCUUGCGAUGCAGGAACAGCUCUGGUGGCACUUCUAGAAUGCACUAACCAUUCUGCUUAUUAUAGAAUGAUUUGACACCAUCUCUUGUCACUCAAAUAUAUAUUUAUAUGAUGCCUUUACAUGUUUCGGUGAGUAAAUGACCAUCCUCAGAAGGCAUAACAACAUGUUGAGGAAACUACUAUUACAUUGGUCAUAGUACAUGAAAUUGAGUCAAAGUUUUAUAUACAGAUUUUAAUUGAGACAAAUUGUUGAGUUAAAAUUUGUUAAAAUUCUUCGUAGUUGGUUAGGAAUCUGCAAUUAUGUUGUUAGGUUGUUACUCUUUUCGUUGUGUGGUGAGGCAUUGAUUCGUGAUGUGUUGUGUUGAUAUCCCGGUUCCCUGUUAAACCCAAGUUGCACUUAACAUUCUGUGUUCAUCAGAGCUGUUAGCAACAGCUAGGAGCAUUCAGAAUGCCAGGUACAGAGGAGGCAUACAGAAACUGUUGAAUUAAUUAUGUACAUGAGAUUAGAGCCUGUUAUAAGCCUGUGAGGAACUGCUUCAUAUAUACA